AUGGCACCCCGUCCUCCGUUCAAAUCACGGCGGCUGUGCGGUCUCUCUCACGAUCGACCUCCUCCCUCUAGCGGCCACUCAUUCCUCUCUUUCUUUUCAUCGUUACCUUUCUCCCUGUCUCUCCGCCCUCGGCGUUCGACUGUCUCACGCUUCUCGCUCGGCCAGUCAGGCCGUCCGGCCUCGCCCGCCGCCUAUCGCUGCGUCCCCGCCGCUUCUGCUUCACCUUUGCCUUCUUCCCCUCUCUCCUGGUCGUCUUCCCCUUCGCCAUAUUGUCUCGCUUCCUGUCUGUCUGCUGCCUGGUCCCGGUGCUGUUUUGUUCCCCACGCCUCCACGGAGCCACCGUCUCUGUGGCGACGCGCUGUUUGGUGUUCUUCUCGGCCGUGUCCCCGAUCCUUUACUGCACUUCCUCCAUCUUCUUCGGGUUCUCUGCCUUCCCCUCUUUGGCUCCAGCUCUCUUCGCCGCGCGCGUUCCGCUCUCAGUCGUCUCUGGCUCGAUCGUGCCGUGCACAGGUUCCCAAGGCGCCUGCGGACUCGCGAAACGGGGGCGACUGCCGCCCACUGGGCAGAGACAGUGCCUGCGGGGCUGUACUUGUCCCACGGCUUCGGCGGCGUGGUGAGGGACUGUCCGACUCGCUUGGCACCUCACGAGACGGAGCGUCCUCCUGCACUGCGCCAAUUCCCGGAAGCAGCGCGGACGCACAUUGUGCGCGCUGCGGCGUCGCCUAUAACCUCAGGGAACGUGCAAAGAAGGGUGAAAGCCAGGAAGCGGAGAAAUGUGGAGACCGAGACGCAAUGGCGACCUCACAGCGAAACGGGCGCAAUUUGCCUCAACAGCGCUGCCUCUCGCACACCAUCCCGGAUUCAAACGCAGUGGAGACCGGUGAUGCUGCAUGCGUCUCCACUCAGAGCAUCCCCUUCAACUCUUCCUUACCUGCCGCUUCGCGCCGUCUCGCUGCGCCCGCUUCUUCGUCUUCUUCCUCUCCCUUCUCUUUUUCCUCUUCUUCCUCUUCUGCCUUUCCCUGCUCUGCUGCCGCCUCUUCCUCUUCUUCCUCUGCUUGCUCUACUGUCCAUGCUUCCUCUCUCUUCUCGACUUCCUCUUUCUCUUCUUCCGCCGCCGCUGUGUCCUCGUUCGCGUCGCUUCAGGCCUUUUCGCCCGUGGCCGGACCGGAGUUGCCGGGUCCGCCCCAAGUGGAAAUUCGCCGCGUCGUCGUUUUGGACAAGUUGACUCGAUUUGAGCUCGAGCUUGAACAGCGCCUCAAGGUGGUCAGCGAGCGUCUCCCGAAGGCCGCUCAGGCAGAAAGGCUCUCGCAAAGCCAGGAGAGCGAGCGGAGUCCCGGCAGCCCCUUGUCCUCGCCUACCACGUCGCCACGCUCUCUUCCUUCUCUGUCGUCUCUCUCUUCUCCCUCUCCUCCUUCUUCUCCCUCUCCUCCCUCUUCUCCCUCUCUUCCCUCUUCUCCCUCUGCGUCCUCGUCUCCUCCCUCUGCUAGCCCUGCGCAUUUCUCGUUGUCUGCGUCGUUUUCUGGGGAUGUCUCUUUGUUGGGAGGGCGGGGCGAAUCCGGCUGCCCUCGCAAGACCCCGGAGGCCAGCAGCCUCUCCGCGGAGACGUGCUCGCUGGCUGCGCAGCUGCGAGAGCAAUUGCCGCAGGCGUACGCGACUCACGUGGACCACGUGCGGAACGUGCAUGAACUCGUCCGGCAGCUUCAGGAGGACUGGGGCGUGCACACGACGCUCAUCAAGGCUCGGAGCUUCGGCAACACUCUCUCCAAUGGCCGACGCGCGGUUCUGCGGAAAAGCGCCUCGUCGGCCUUUCCGCCCGACGCCGUGAUCGCGGCCGGCGGCGACGGAACCCUCCUCGAGGCCGCCUCCUUCAUUGCGGCGCUCGAAGAUCGCCGGAGAGACAAGUUCCACGUGGAGAAGGGUGCCGCAGAACCAGGCACGGAGCACGGCGAGACAGACGGCGCGAAGGAUGCAGAGGGGAAAGGAGACGAGAACGAAGAAGGAGAAGAGAACGAACCCGAGACAGGGCAGGCGGAAGCGCGAGGCGACGAGAAAGAAAGGAACCGGGCGAAGAACGAGACGCGGAAGCAGAGAAAAAACCAAGUGCCCUUCUCGCCAGAUGGAAUCUGGCUGCUCGGCUUCAACACCGAUCCUGUGCGGUCGGAAGGGAAACUCUGCCUCGCGUAUCGGCCGCCAAAAUUCCGUCCCCGAUGUGACAACGCAGCUGGCGUGGAGUCGAAGAGUGCAGUGGAGGCGCAGUCGACGCAUGCGGUGACGGAAAGGCACGAAGCCAGGGAAGGAGGGAGCACACAAGCGGUUCUGCUUUGCGCGUCGUCGCCUUCCCUGUGUCGAGGCGAAGAGGGAGAAGCGGGGGGACGCACGCGCGUGGCUUCCGUCGAUGCGUCUCCUCGUCCAUUGGCUCCUACCCCACCCAGUGGAGAUGUCUCUUUCUCUUCAACUGCCGCCACUGCAUGUGUCUCUCGCGUCCUCUCCCCAGUCGAUGGCGAGCACUGUGUCCAGGUCCCCGCUUUCCAUCCUCGCUUUAUCACGCCCCGCCGACCUUCCGGGUCUCACUCUUCCUUGCCGUCCGGCUCUUCCUCUUCCUUGCCGUCCGGUUCCUCUUCUUUGCCUGAGUCCGCUUCUCAGGCGUGUCCGGGAGGUUCGGACGAGGGAGGGAGUGACGGGGGCAUGGACGACGGUUCGCGCUCCAGUCGCGACUACGUUCGCGCGGUUCUGCGGUACGUGAUGGACGGCCAGGGCGUGGCGAUCUGCCGCCAGAGAAUUCGCGUCGAAGUCGAGUACCCCCGCAAGCAAGAAGCGCACAUUCUGCAGCGGGUAGAGCAACAGCGCCGCGAGCACACAGGUCUCACGUCGCUCCUGCCGCUCGAGCGCGUCGACGCGCGUUCUGCUUCGCUGGCCUCCGAGGCUUGCGGGCGUCGCCGCGCCUCUCGUGCGGGUGAGCCUGGCUGUGGACGGGGCGGAGACGAGAACGCAUCCAGCGGAGACGAGAGCGCGUCCGGCGAAGUCGUUCGUAAGGUGCUCGGCGUCAGCGCCCUCAACGACGUGUUCAUCGGCGAAUGCGACAGUUCACGCACGUGCUACGCCGAAGUGCGAAUCGAUGGAGGCGAAGCGCGGCGAUACAAAAGCUCUGGUCUGCUCCUCGCCACAGGAACGGGGUCGAGUGCAUGGUCUUUCAACAUGAGCAAAAUUCGGACGGAGCAAGUUAAAGCCGUCGCGGAGGAGCUUCGGCGUUCGCUCAACCUUCCUUUCGACUCAGACACAGUGGACUGGGAAGGCGUGCGAGAGCGAAUCAACCAUCAGCUUCUGUUUCACCCGUCGAUGCCCGUGAUGCGCUACUUUGUGCGCGAGCCGAUCGAAAACAGCAUCUUCUCAUGCUCAGGCUGUGCAGGGAUCGCCCGCCGCGUCGAUGUCCAGGCCCUCUCGCCAGACGCCAUGGUGGCCAUUGACGGCCUUCUCUCCUUCCCCCUGCCUGUCGGCGUGAAACUCGUUCUCCACAUCUCGCCCUUCGAUGCCAUUUGGACUGUCAAAUAA